AGUGGGGUAGAGAGACAUUUGGGGAAGAGCAGGGGAGGAGGAAAGAAGGGAAAGGGAGGAGGAGGAGUAGAAAGAUCCGGAGAAAAAGUUUGAAAGAAAAAGAGAGACGUCUCAGUGGCCGGCGCGGUACAAAACGAAUAAGUGGAGGUUGAAACCGAAGGCUCAAACGGCUCAUAGUCUCAGUGUGUGUGUCUGUGUGUGUGUGUGUGGAUUUUACUGCUGCCGGGGAGCCGCUGGGCACGCGCCUGCUCCUGUGUGUCGUCGGGCGGAUUAGAUGAGUUUGACUUCACGAUGAGGAGCGACCCUGUUCUGUUCACUUCCAACAGGGCGAUGGAGGAGCUGGUGUGUGAGCUUCGACUGUUCCUGGACCUGCUGGACAGGGAGUAUCUGAGCGCCGGGGUUCGAGAGAGGAAGCUGCACCUCUCCAACAUCCUCCACAGAGUCCUCUCAGACAAAGAGCCUUCAUUCAAGUCAGAGAUCCACAGUGGUCUGCCGGCCCCGCCUCAGAUGCCCCUCCCGGAGAUCCCUCACCCCUGGCUGCCUCCAAACAAUGGCCCCCCUCCUCUGCCCAGCUCCUCUCUACCAGAAGGCUACUAUGAGGAAGCAGUGCCUUUAAGUCCUGGAAAGGCCCCUGAAUACAUCACCUCCAACUAUGACUCGGACGCCAUGAGCAGCUCCUAUGAGUCGUACGAUGAGGAGGAGGAAGAUGGGAAGGGCCAGAAGAUGCGUCACCAGUGGCCAUCUGAAGAGGCGUCCAUGGAUUUGGUGAAGGACGCUCGGAUCUGUGCAUUCCUGCUGCGCAAGAAGCGCUUUGGCCAGUGGACCAAACUCCUCUGUGUCAUCAAAGAUAACAAACUGCUGUGCUACAAGUCCUCCAAAGACCACACCCCCCAGAUGGAGCUGACCCUGUCAGGGUGCAGCAUCACUCACAUCCCCAAAGACGGCAAGAAGAAGAAGCAUGAACUAAAGAUUGUCCACCAGGGGGCGGACGCCUUAGUGCUGGCUGUGCAGAGCAAAGAACAGGCCGAGGAGUGGCUCAAGGUGAUGAGAGAGGUGUGUAUUAAUGGGAGUGUAGACUUGGAUGGAGCUGGAUCUGGAUCACCAGUGCACAAACCCGAACUAGAAAAGAAGGCAUCGUGUGACAGGCCGAGCUCCGACGGUGAGGUGACUCACGAGAAUGGACACAGCGACAGCAAGGACCAAGGAAAAGGGAAGAAGAACUCAAAGUCAGAGCAGAAGAGUGGGACGGUGGGGAAGGGAGCAGGGAAGAAGAUCACUAAAAUCAUCGGGCUGGGUAAGAAGAAGCCGUCCACAGAUGAGCAGACCUCGUCAGCAGAAGAAGACGUACCCACAUGUGGCUACCUCAACGUGUUGUCCAAUAACCGUUGGCGGGAGCGCUGGUGCCGCCUGAAAGACAACCAGCUGCUGCUCCAUAAGGACCGGGACGACCUGAAAAGCCACAUUGCCUCGCUGCCCCUUCGAGGCUGCGAGGUCAGCCCUGGCCUUGACCACAAACACCCCUUUGCUUUCCGUCUGCUCCGUAAUGGCCAGGAAGUCGCCGUUCUGGAGGCCUCCUCCUCUGAGGUGAUGGGACGCUGGUUGGGGGUUUUAUUGGCUGAGACUGGCUCCACCACUGACCCAGCCACCCUGCACUACGACUACAUCGACGUCGAGACCACUGCCAAUGUCAUCCAGCUAGCCAAGCAGUCCUUCUGUUUUACCAGUAAGCGUGCUGUGUCUCCUAACCCGUACCUGGACAACCCAGUCAAUGGCUACGCCUGCCCCUCCGGUAUGGCUCUGCACUAUGAUGAUGUACCCAUCAACGGAACGGACCCAGAGGCGCUAUACUCCAGUCCCAGCACAGGGGGGCGCCAGCUGAAAGACGAGGUGCACUAUGAGAAUGCUGACCUCUAUGAGAACAUGCCCUCGCCCAAGCGGGCCACUCGCCUUCCUCCCAAGACGUCUUCGUCUUCUUCUCCUUCCUCUUCUUCCACCUCUACUAGUCACUACAAAACUCCUGUUUCUAAAGUCUCUUCUAAGUUCCUCACUACUGAUGCUAAAACUAAAGACACUGCCCAGCUGAAGGGAAAGAAGGGAACAGCGACCAAUGGGGUGGCGUCGAAACAGAAGGCAGAGGCAAAGAACCAAUCCAAGAAGAAUGGAGUCAAUGGGACAAAUGGGACAGCUUCUCUGAAACGCAACAACUCCAAUGCAGAGCAGUGUAAGUACGGCAAGAACCGCGUGGAGGCCGACGCCAAGCGGCUGCAGUCAAAGGAGGAAGAGCUGAUGAAGAAGAAGCAGGAGAUCAGGAACCAUCUGACCCAGCUAAAGAAGGAGAGGAGAGACCUGCGCACUGCUGUGGAGGCCGCUGCUGAAAAAUCCUCCUCCCGUCCUCCACUAGGCAAACGCUCGCACGCCUCACUGUCGGAGCGACUGAAGAAGGUGGAGGAGAACUGCAGGCAGAAGGAGGAGGAGCGGGUGAACCUGGAACUGGAGCUGACGGAGGUGAAGGAGAGCCUGAAGAAAGCUCUGAACGGGGGGGUCACCCUGGGCCUCACCAUAGAACCGAAAGCUGGCUCCUCUGGUCUCCAGUCGCCAGCGAUGUCGCGACGGACCCAGGAGUCUUCUCCCUUCUCCAGCUGUGACACCAGCGACACAGAGUCUUGCUCCCUGCCCGUCAACAGCGCCUCACUGCUCCGCCGGCAGCAGGGCGGCCAGAAGGCCUCGCCAGUCCGGGGACACGUCCUCAGGAAGGCCAAGGAAUGGGAGCAGAAGAAUGGCACAUAAACCACCCAACCCCUCACAUCGUCUUACUCUGAUUUCUUUUGACUUUUUAAGGAAUUGUGUAUAUAUUUAUUUAAAACUGUUCAUACAGUCUGAGUGUGUUGAGGAGGACACAAGCAUAGCAUUCACAUGAACCAAAACUAGUUGCUGGUUUAAGUGUACUGUCAGUACCACACAUACAGACAUAGCAACCUUUUUAAACUUUUUUACUAUUGAGCAUGCUCAGUGUACUAAGUUGUGCAACUUGUGUUGUCCGCCGUACUCGUUUAAAGCAACCACCUUCUUUUUCUCUCUCCUUUCAUUCAAAUCUGUUCCAGCAGAUUGACAGUUUGGAUUCAAAAAGGUUAAAGGUCAAAACCAAGUAUUUAUUUGUAAAUGUUUAAAGGAAAUACUAGCUUCCCUCUUUAUUUAUGUUGAUAUAUUUAAAUUUUUUGUUUGUAGAAUUUGUGGCGCUCCACAGAAUCCCGUUCCCUACACACUUAAUGCUUCUCAUUCAUGGGUGUCAGCAUCAGCCAGCAAAGUGCAUCAUUAAUGGUCACAAUUAUCACAACACACACCGGCUGAGUAACAGCGCAGCUCCGCUCGCAGGGGUAUUUACAGAAGCAGAAUUAUUCCAAAUGAAAGGCAAUAGAUGAAAGCAAGGUUGAUCUGCAUGGCUGUGAGACACUUUGACUGUCAGCUGAGGAGAACCUAGAUAUCCAAAGCAGUAUGGGUGCAGACAAUGAACCUUUUUUGCUCAGGGUCACAAACUGUGACUGUAAUACUCAAGAGUGUCCCAUCCCCACAAAUAAUGACGCCAUUAUUUGCUUUGGUUUGGUUAUGGUUGGGACACUUUACGGACAUUUUUACACACAAAGUGAUGUUUCGCUCUUUAAUGGCAUAGAUUUGACUCUUUUGCCAUGUCUCCAGCCAGCAGAGACACUAAUUGACAGGUGCAUUUUUAUGUCCCUGACCUGCAUGCAAUAUGAAGGUAUGUUGGUGGGUAAUACUUUAACCUAUAUAUACUUUUAUUAUGUGUAUUUCCUUUCAACUAAAUUGAAUAUAUCCUAAAUUUCCCUCUGGAUCAUUACAGUGUUUAUCUAUCUUUCUACAAAUAAUGUAUAUUCAGGAGUACAGCCAAAAAUAAUUGAUAUAAAAAAAAUAAAUAAAAGAUUUAAACUCUCAGCUUUGGAGAAGAUGCAUUUUCCUAUAAGGAGUUUGAAUGCUAACAGAAUAAUUGUGCUUCUUUAAAUAGUCCUUCAGUGUGAUGAUGGGGGGCUGUCAUUAGGCUGUAGAAGGACUUUAGCCGGGUGUGUGUUAGAGUUUGGAAAGCCGGGCAGGUCAGGCUGAGGCGUGGCCACCCCAAGAUUUGGCGCCCAUCAUUGGAAAACUCAGAAACCUCAAAAACAUGGCUGACAGUAGUCCCUCGUCCAAGAGCCUCGGUCCAGUUCCUCUGAUCACGCCACUGGUUUACUGUAGCCCUGUGAUCUGACCCUGUGUGUGUUUGUGUGUGUGUGCGUGCGCUAAAAUGUCUCCAAGGCACAUUCCAAACCCAUCAACAAUACACUGA